GGUUUGCCUAACUGCGGAGGCUCGUCUCAGUGACGCAAACCGCGACUAAAUUUACAACGGGCAAACAAAAAAUGAGAGUGACGGCCGACGCGUCGACUCGACAAAGUCACAAGAUUGCGCCAACUUUAACCUUCCUCCUCUUUUCCAAAUUAACUCUGGAAGCCGUACAGUGACAUCCCGUUGCCCCGCGGAAAUGUUAGAUACACUUCACGUCCUAGUGGCUGCAGCCUUUCUGUCUCUAUUACAUAACGCAAAGUGUAUUCCGACUCAGAUUUAUUCAAAGGACGGAGUUUACUAUGCAGAAGAAGUGCAGUUCGGUGACACGGCAGUGCUCAGGUGUAGGAGCAAUGUCAAGCAUUAUUUCCUCGAUUAUUGGUUUAUCAAUAGGAAGAAUCUGGUGAUCGGCCCUGCUAAUGACGAUUACGACAAGGGGAAAUACAAGUAUGAGAUUCUAUCGGGAAAUCUUACUAUCAAGGCUGUGAAUACAGAAGAUGCAGGAGACUACUAUUGCGUGUCCAGGCAAGUUGAAGGCAAUAAAAUAUAUACUCAAAGAACGAAACUUAUAGUAAACUAUGAUUGGAAGCACAUAGAGGAACACAGUUCAGGUAUUAACACUAUUAGGAUAAUAAUAUCCCUAAUAGGAAUUGUGCUUUUAGGGAUCGCAGGAUAUGUGGUAUACACAAUAUGGAGAGACCGAUAUAGACAUCCGCGUUAUUUAGAGCAAGACGAUGAAGAUGACGAUAGUGCAGAAGAGAUUUUCCGAGCCCCCGUAGCAAGUACCUCUGGAACAUCGAGACCGAAAAGUCCCAUUGUGAAAGCUAGCAAAUCCGACAAUUUCGAGAGCAUCAGUACUGAUUUCACCAGUAUAUUAGAUACGACUAAUACCGACUGAUAUAACAGAGGAUGAUUUUAUCACCCCAUUGAUCGGUUAGAAUAAUUUGCUGUGGAGAAACAGGGUUUUACAAGACAGAGUUUUCAGUGGUAUCAGAAUUUUUGUGCUGUUACUUCAGCCACAAAUAAAUAGGAACUUAUAUUGAAUGUAUCGAAUGUUAGGUGCGCAACAGACCUGUAUAAUUUUAUAUGAACCAAGCGUAUUUGUACAUAGAUGUUUGAGAUUUAUAUUUACGUAAUAUAUGUAUGUUUGUCAGUAUCACAGAUCAUUUUACUUCCUACGCCACUGUCGAGGAAGUAUUGUAAUUGUGGAAAAUUUCGAAUUUGAGAUGUUUUUUUGGAUGCUAUAUGACGUGAACCAUUUCACUCGUUUUCAUCUGUCUAUCUGUCCGUCUGUCCGCUAAUCCUUGGAUUGUUUCUAUCUUGGAAAGAACUGCUCGGAUUUUGCUAAAAUUCUUAAACAAAGUCACUACUAUGCCAAGAACGAAAAAGCUCUGUAGUUUUUGUGAAGUGACCCAGUGGCAUUGAAGCUAUGGAUAAAAAAACGAAAAAACUUGCUCAAUCUAUGCUUAAAGACGUUUCAGAGGCACCUGAACACUUCAAAAAAUUUAAAAAU